UAUUAGAUGGCUCUCUAACCAUGCAAAAUACUAUCUUUGUUAUCUCCUAAUCAGUUUUUGAUUCAAACUUAAUAAUAAAAGACAAUAAUAGUUGGUAAUGGAAUACCUAAUUUUUUAACCAGGAGCAAAUUAAAUAUUAAUCAAAAAGCUUUAGAUAUCUAUUUUUCAUAAUUAUAAUAAUUAAAUAAGGAAGCAAUGUACAUUACUAAAACUAACUAAUUAUAAAUAAAUGGAGCAGACUUAUAAUAAGAAAUACCAGAUGAUUCAGAAAUUCAUUUAAAAUUUAUUGGUGUUUAAAAUGAGGAAACAAAAUAAAUUCAAUCUGUUAUUGAUUUUAUUAAAUAGAAUAGAAAUCAAACAUUAGAAGCAAAUUUAGUAUCUUUUGAAGGAAAUAUUCUGAAUUUUUUAUAUAAUAAAGAUACAUUGAUAAGUUUAAUUCCAAAUGCAAUUUAUAUUGAUGGUAAUAAAUGUAAUUUAUUAAAGAGUUUGCAAUUUAAGAAUAAGGAUAUGCUAGAAUUAUGCAAAAAGAUUGGCUUAAUAAAUAAUUUAGAAUUACUUUUAGAGGGACUUAAAUUAUGACAGUAAAUUAUAAGAAAAGUUUCAUAAAUUUUCCAAUUUUAAAAGCAGACCUAUAUCCAACAAAUUUAAAAAAUAAUGAGUUAAGCGAUGAAUUUUAUACUUCAUUAGUUUCAAGUGGAUAUGCCUAUAUAACUGAUUGGGGGUAAUAAAUUUAAGUAAUAAUAGUAAAUUAAAUUUAUCAUAAAAUUCUUUUUAAAUAUUGUUUUAGUGUCAAUAAGAGGCUAAGAAAAAUAAUUUAGGACUUUGGAAAAAUGGAGAAUUAGAUAGAAUAAUGCUUAAUUCAAUUAGUUCAUAAAUAGUAGGUUAGAUAUUAGAGAUUGUUGAGGCUAAUUAAUAUUUAGUAAAAACAGAUAAAGAAAUAUUGACUAUAAAAUUAGAUAGAAUUUUCAUAGAAGGAUUAGAAGCAAAAGAAUAUGCUAGAAAAUUACUAAUAGGAAAGCAAGUCUAUAUUCUAUAAGUAGGAGAUAAUAUGCCAUUAUAAACUAUAUAACUUUGUGAAAAUAAUCUAGAUAUAGAAGAAGAGCUUAUAGCUAAUGGAUGGGCAACAGCAAAAGAGAAUCAUCCUUAAUUAUCAAAGUUUAAAUUUGAACAAUUUUAAUAAUUAAAUCUGUUAGCAAAAUAAAAGAAAAUUGGAUAAUAUAGUCCAGAACUCACUUGGAGAAUUGAAGAUUAAACAGAUUUAAAAUAAGGAAAGAGUGUAAAUGAAAUAAUAUGGUCUAGUAUUUAGAGAGAUAAUUAAAGUUAAAAAUAAUCAGCAACAAAUACUGGAAUUACAUUUCGAGAAGAUUAUUAACUUGAAGCUUUGAUAGAUAAAAUCUUACCUAAUGGAUAAUUUAUUAUUACUAUUUUAAAAUAUCAUUCUAUGAUUAAUUUUACUAUAACUGGAAUAGCUAAACUAUAAGAAUUUGCAACAAGCUUUCCAAAUGUUACAAAAUAUGUUGAAUUAAGAUAAUAAUUUAGUUAUAAUAUUUUAAUGUAAAGGAAUGCUUGGAUAAAUUUUGAAAGUUUUAAUAUUUAAGAGAAUAUGUUUUAUGGCAAAAUUUAUGAAAAGAAAAACAAUAAAGAUUCUGAUUUUACGAUAUAAUUACUCAAAGAAGGUUUAACAUUUAUUAAAAAUAAUAAUGAUUUUUUGAGUAAAUAUGAAGAAGCUUAGAAAGAGGCUGAAUAACUAAAGAAAGGUUUUUGGAUUGAAUCUUAUGCAUAAUUUAUAAUAGAUUUUUCAAAUAAUAAAUAAACAUUAAAAAGAUAAGUGAGUAAUUAAGGAAAUAUUUAAAAAAAUGAAAAUUAAUAGAUCUCAAAAGUUAUAGUUACUGCUUUUAAUGAUUGCAAUGAAUUUUAUAUUAGAAAAGAAAUUAAUCCUGAAUUUGAAGAAUUAGAAAUUUAAGUUGAAAAAGCUGCACUUAUUGUAAUAAUAUUAAUCUAUAUAUGAAGCCUCUCAAAAAACCAGUUAAGAAAGGAACAUUAUGUUUAGCAAGAUUUUCAGAGGAUUAAAAAAUAUACAGAGCAUAAGUAUUAAAAGCCUUUAAAAAUGAUAAAUUUUUAAUAAAAUUUAUAGAUUAUGGAAAUGAUGAUUAAGUUGAUUAUUAAGAUAUGGGAGUUUUACCAGCUUAAUUUACAAGCAUCCCUUAAUAAGCUAAAAUGUGUUAAUUAGCUUAUUUAAGAAUUCCUCCAAAAUCACAUGAAUUUGGAGAAGAGGCAUCUGAAUUAUUUAGAGAAUUACUUCUUGAUUAAUAAUUUGAUUCAAAAAUUGCUUACAUAGAGAAAACUACAAAUAGAUAAUUUAUUACUCUUUAACCAUAAGAUUAACCAGAUCAAAUGAAAUUUACGAUUAAUAAAAUUGCAUUAGAAAAAGGGUAUAAUUUGUGUAAAUAAAUAAAUUAGACUAGGAAGAAUUGAUAAUAGAGUCUUGUACAAUCCUUUAAAAGAGUUUAAAAAUUUGGAGGAUGAAGCAAAAGCUAAUGGAAUAGGGAUUUGGGGUUUUGAUGAUUGUUUGGAGGAUGAAAAAUAAUUUGAAGAUGAAUAUGAUUUUUAUGAAUGA